AUGGAGCGAGUUUUUCCCCUGCCUGAAAAGAUAAGACAUGCUCUGGUUGAUGUAUUCUGCAACCCGGCAAUUGCCGCGCAAGCCAAGUCAGAGCCCAAGAACAAGGAUUGUCUUGUGCGAGUCCUUCUGGGACGGCGGCGCUUUGGAUCCUUGCGCCCAGGGGGGAGUAUGUUCUUCUCGCUUAGGAAUUAUAAGCUCCAUUUGGAUCAAAUCGAAGCGCUUGGCCUUGAUGCUGAGGAAUAUGCAAGAAGCAUGGCUGAUGCCCUUGCAGUUCUGCAUUGGCACACUAAGAUUGAUGCUAUGGACAUUGAAUUUGCGUUGGGAAGCACUCCUUUUGAUCGAAAUGCUGCGCGUCGGGUAGUUCCCCUGAAAGAUGUUGAGCACCUCCCCCCCCCCGGCUCUAGCACCUAUGAGCACACAACAAAUGUCGACCAGGAUUACAAGAAAAGGACUAUUAGUCUGUGGCUCUUGGACUUCGAUGCUUGCUCUACCAUCACCAUGGAUGAUGUAGGGGUUCGCCGUGCUGUAGACGCCUUUUUACAGACCGAUCACUAUUACCCCCGACCUCAUUCUCGUGAUAACCAUGCCAACAACUUGUGGAUAGUAUUUUCCCAGCGAUAUAUUGCUACAAGCCGGAAGAUUAGCGCAGGUACAGCGUGGCAGAGUCUACCUGCAAAGUUCAUACAGGGAAUCAUGAAUAGGCUUCCAAAUCAAAGCAGAUAG